GCUCGGCGCAGGUUGGGAACCGCGUGGGCUCCGGGAGCGGCGGCAGCCCAGGGAACCGGGCAGCGCAGGGAACCGGGCAGCGCAGAGAACCGGGCAGCCCAGGGAACCGGGCAGCGCAGAGAACCGGGCAGCCCAGGGAACCGGGCAGCGCAGGGAACCGGGCAGCGCAGAGAACCGGGCAGCCCAGGGAACCGGGCAGCGCAGAGAACCGGGCAGCCCAGGGAACCGGGCAGCCCAGAGAACCGGGCAGCCCAGAGAACCGGGCAGCGCAGGGAACCGGGCAGCUCAGCGAACCGGGCAGCGCAGGGAACCGGGCAGCGCAGGGAACCGGGCAGCGCAGAGAACCGGGCAGCGCAGAGAACCGGGCAGCGCAGGGAACCGGGCAGCGCAGAGAACCGGGCAGCGCAGAGAACCGGGCAGCUCAGCGAACCGGGCAGCGCAGGGAACCGGGCAGCCCAGAGAACCGGGCAGCCCAGAGCACCGGGCAGCCCAGGGAACCGGGCAGCCCAGCGAACCGGGCAGCCCAGAGCACCGGGCAGCCCAGAGCACCGGGCAGCCCAGGGAACCGGGCAGCCCAGGGAACCGGGCAGCCCAGCGAACCGGGCAGCGCAGCGAACCGGGCCGAGGCAGCAUGGCCCAGCCGCGCUGCCGCUCCGUGCUCAUCACCGGCUGCAGCCGCGGCAUCGGCCUGGGGCUGGUGCGGGGGCUCGCAGCCGCCAGCCCCUCCCCGGAUUUGGUCUUUGCGACCUGCCGCUACCCCGAGAAGGCGCAGGAACUGCAGCAGCUUAGCAAGCAAUACAGCAACAUCAAGCUCCUGCAACUGGAUGUGGUCUGUGAGAACAGCAUCAAGAAAGUGGUCAAGGAAGUGGAAGAAAUCGUGGGAGAUAAAGGCCUGAACUGCCUCAUCAACAACGCUGGCAUCAACGUGCUCGCCUCGCUGGAGGAGGUGACAGCAGAGACCAUGCUCACCAUUUAUGAAACCAACACCGUGGCCCAGCUCAUGGUCACCAAGGCGUUCCUCCCGCUGCUGAGGAAGGCAGCACAGCUGGGCACUGGAAUGGGCUGUCACAGAGCUGCCAUCAUCAACAUGUCCUCCCUCGCUGCCUCCAUGCAGCUCGUCCAGGCAAAUGAGAUGUUCCUCAAGGUCUAUCCCUACAGGAUAGCAAAGACUGCACUGAACAUGAUCACCCGGUGUCUCGCUGCAGACCUGAAAUCAGACGGAAUUCUCUGCAUUUCCUUGCACCCAGGCUGGCUUCAAACAGACAUGGGUGGGAACAUGGCUCCCAUGCAGGUGCAGGAGGCUAUCCCAGGUAUUCUCUCUGUUCUGGAGCGUCUCGGUGAAAAAGAAAAUGGUUCUUUCCUGGACUGGCAAGGGGAAACUCUGCCGUGGUAGAAGUGCACACAACUCUACAGGAGCAGCUCGUCAGUCACAGUUUAACCUCGCCACUCCUGUCUGUGUCUCUAGGGGUUUUUUACACGCUUGUUGAAAUAGCCAGUCUGACACUCAGCCUCUCUCUAGGUGUAUUUGGAAAGCAAAGGGGCCGAGUCUUUCACUUGGUAUUGCUACUGCUCUGCUCUAAUGCUCCCUGCAAACACUACUGUGCUCUCAUCUCCAGGAGAUGGGCAUCUCCUGGAACCCUCUGAGAUGGAUCCAAACCCGCAGGUUAAAUCCAGGGGCUGCUGGUUCCUUUUCACUUCCAAACCCAAAGUGGGCUUCUGGCUCUUUGCAGAAUUAAAUGAGCUGACCUCAGAGUAAGGCCAGCGUAGGCUGUCAGAUUCCAGUAUGCUUAGUUAUCUCCAAAAAAAAACCUCCUUUGAUUUCCUUUGUUCCUAACUGAGCCAAGGCUGAGAUUGUCCAGCUUUAAACCGAGGGAAUUUGGUACUUCUGUGAAUACUGUGGCAAACUCUGAGAGUCCCCAGGUUGCCAGUGUACACCAGGCACUUGCUUUGUUCCCAGUGGGUGACUAACAGCCUGAUAUGGGGGUGGGAAUGUUGUUUUGUACAUAAACUUCUGAAGUGUCUUCAGUAAAGUCUUGAUUAAAGUCUGUUUACCGAA